UAAAGCAAGUGCAUUACUAAGUGUAGUUUUUUGUCCUUUCAAGUUGACAUUAUUUCUGAAUAUGCUUACUUUGUCAAUGGAAUACAUUCUCCUCCUAGUAAGAAACUACUAUGACAUUCUUCUGGCUUCAAUACUUUUCAUAAGUAUUACACUUUACAAAGUAUCAGGAAGAACUAAAGAUGCAAAAAGCUGCAUACCAGGGAGCUUGGGAAUACCUUUUGUGGGAGAGACCUUUGCACUUCUAUCAGCAACCAACAGUGUCAAGGGUUGUUAUGACUUUGUUAGACUCCGACGUGAGUGGCAUGGAAAAUGGUUUAAAACGAGGAUUUUCGGGAAGAUACAUGUGUUUGUUCCAAGUGUUGAGGGUGCAAAAACAAUUUUUACCAAUGAUUUUACUCUUUUCAACAAGGGCUACGUGAAAUCAAUGGCGGAUGCUGUGGGAAAGAAAAGCUUGUUAUGUGUUCCUCAAGAAAGUCACAAAAGGAUUAGACGUCUCCUUUCUGAUCCUUUCUCUAUGAAUUCACUGUCUAAGUUUGUCCAGAGGUUUGAUAACAUGCUAUCUGAAAGAUUAAAGAAAGUACAAAAGGAAGGGAAGAGAUUCACUGUGCUUGACUUCAACAUGAAGAUAACAUUUGAUGCAAUGUGCGAUAUGCUGAUGAGCAUAAAAGAUGCUUUGUUGCUAGAACAAAUUGAAAGAGACUGCACUGCUGUUUCUGAUGCUAUGCUAUCCUUUCCCGUCAUGAUUCCAACCACCAGAUAUUAUAAAGGCAUCAAGGCACGCACAAGGUUAAUGGAGACCUUCAAGGCAAUGAUAACAAGUCGGCGCAAUGGGAAGGAAUAUCAUGAAGACUUCCUGCAGUCAAUGUUGGAGAAGGAUUCCUGUCCAGUCAAUCAAAAGCUUGAUGAUGAAGAGAUCAUGGAUAAUUUGUUAACACUGAUAAUUGCAGGGCAGACGACUACUGCAGCUGCAAUGAUGUGGAGUGUCAAGUUUUUGCAUGAGCACGGAGAAGUCCAGGACAGGCUCAGAGAAGAACAAAUUUCAAUACUCAAAAGCAAGCCUAAUGGAGCCUUACUUACCCUGGAUGAUCUCAAUAGCAUGUCCUAUGCCUCAAAGGUUGUCAAAGAGACACUGAGGAUGUCAAAUGUCCUGCUAUGGUUCCCUCGAGUUGCACUUGAUGACUGCAAUAUUGAAGGUUUUGAAAUAAAGAAAGGGUGGCAUGCCAACAUAGAUGCGUCAUGCAUACACUAUGAUCCAGCAUUGUACAAGGACCCUAUGCAGUUCAACCCUUCAAGAUUUGACGAAAUGCAAAAGCCAUACAGCUACAUUCCUUUUGGAUCAGGACCACGAACUUGCUUGGGAAUUAACAUGGCAAAAAUGACCAUGUUGGUAUUUUUGCACAGACUGACAAGUGGAUACAAGUGGAAAGUUGACGAUCUAGAUCCCAGCCUCGAAAGAAAAGCACAUAUCCCCAGAUUGAGAAGUGGGUGUCCAAUAACUUUGACAGUCUUGCAAGAUGAAUAGCAAACUUCUUCAAAUGGAGCCACUAAGAAGAUGCCUUCAGCAUAAGCAAAUAAAUUUUCCGCAGCCAAAGCUGCCAUGUAUUGGUACAAAUUAUGAAUAUCGAGAUGUUAGUUGGUCAGAGAACAGAAAAACAUGAAUUUUGUAGUGUAGCUACCAAAGUUUAUUGUGAAAGAAUAUGGGGCUUAGUAAUAGACAGGAUAAUCUCAUCCACCUUUUCCAUGCUUUUGCCAGUUGAUAAUUCAAAGGUAUGAGAGGGAAAAAAAAGAACUACUUCUCUUCGUUUGUGGAGAACUGGAAUAUUUGCGAGAAGACAACUACAAAUUGGAAAGAAGCUUUUUCAGUGUAUUAACACAACAUCUUUAAUGUA